CAUUUCCUUUCAUUUCUAGGAAAGGAACAAAAGAUUCUACAAUUAUGAACAUUUCUUUUCUUCGAUGCUGUCUUUCACCGGCCUUCAUGUAAUCUAAUCUCUUCUUCCCUCUCUAGUGGCUUUGUAUUUUCUUAUAAAAGUUCAUAAAGUAUUUUUAAAAGCAGAGAGAGAAAGAGGGAGCCCAUAAAAUAUCUACGUAAUUUCUAUUUUUCGUAAUUUUUGGACUCAAUAAUUGACCCAAAAAUAAUAAUUGGACAGCCGGAAUAUCAGAAGGGUAAAUUAGUAAUUUCAUGUGUGAAUGCAGCCAAAGCCUAUUGUAUAAGGCAAAGGCGGGCAGCGUGGGCCGCCUUCUAACUACGCUUAGCUGUACACUUCACACCAAAAAACCAACUGGUUGAUCCCCAUCGUCACCAAUCUCCACCUGUUGCCCUUAUCACCAUUCUCCUUCGCUAAAACUUUUUCCCUUCCAUUUUUACCCGUCGUUUCUCCCAGUAUUACUAACUUAUCACUUUUUCAGUACAUUUCAAGCCCGCAUGCCUUGACCAAUGUCAUGAGUUGACUGGCCCAAAAAUCUGAAGUUAAACAAUAGAGAAAAUGACUUUUCGCUUAUCCAAUGGUCUCAUGCCACGUGGGAGGAGAGUUAAUUGCCGAGCCCACCUGAUCGGGAUCCCUAUCUAUAUUAUAUUUCAAGCUAAAGAUAAGAAACCCUAAUUACCCACAAAGCAAAUGGUAGAAAGAAUUGAGAGGCUGAGCUAACUCUGAAAAACCCCAAGAAAAUUUUUACCCUUAGGCUUAGCCCCUCUGCGCAAACCCAUAGAAUUCACCUUCUCUUUUCCUUGGAUUUCCGGCUGUAAUUUUCCGGGGUAAUGAUGCUGGCGACUUCUGCUCCGCUAGAAAGUUCAGGAGCGGCAACCGUGGCGCGGCGGAACGAGGAGAAGGUGGUGGUGGUGGUAGACGAAGGGGUCGGUGGUGGCUCGGUCUCCGGCGAGUUCGGAGAAGAAGAGAGAGGGAGAGGGGUAGAGGGUGAACGCUAUUUUGCCGGUAACCGGUGGCCUCGUGAAGAGACCUUGGCUUUGUUGAAGAUUAGGUCUGAUAUGGACGUCGCGUUUAGAGACUCAAGCCUCAAAGCUCCACUAUGGGAAGAGGUUUCUAGGAAACUAGCUGAACGUGGGUUUCACCGGACCGCAAAAAAAUGCAAGGAGAAAUUUGAGAACAUACACAAAUACCACAGGAGAACCAGAGAUGGCCGAUCCGGUCGACCCAACGGAAAGACCUACCGGUUUUUCGAGCAAUUAGAAGCUCUGGACCAACAGCCUGCUGUUCCACAUCCACCCCGGUCGCCGGAAAAGAUUCAAACUCCUCCCUCCACGGAAACUCCGGCGGCCAUGAUGGUGGAGCCCAUAAAUGCUUACCAAGAGUCCAUGCCUUGUUCUUCCGAAAACCCAACCGCGGGAUUCGCCUCCACUGCCUCCACUUCCACUGCCUCGUCAUCGGGCAAAGAAGCCCAAGGCACCCGCAAGCGAAAGCGAAAAUUGUCCCAUUUUUUCGAGAGGCUGAUGGGGGAGGUGAUUAAGAAACAGGAGAAUUUGCAGAAGCAGUUCAUCGAGGCUAUGGAGAAGUGCGAAAACGAUCGAGUUGCGAGAGAAGAAACUUGGAAGAUGCAGGAGCUCGCCAGAAUCAAACGAGAUCAAGAGAUUUUGGCCCAUGAGCGCGCCAUCGCCGCAGCUAAGGACGCCGCCGUCAUCGCAUUUCUGCAGAAGAUCUCGGAAAAAGCCAGUCCUCCGGUGCAAUCGGCGCCGGAGACCGCGAACCCGCCUCCGAUCGCAGUCGUAGAAAGACCCGAUCAAAGUUCAAGCGGUAAUACCGAUAAAAAGUGUAGCAAUAUAAAUCAGACAAGUAGUUCAACAUCGUCUCGGUGGCCUAAAGCUGAAGUAGAAGCUUUGAUUAGGCUUAGAACAGAUCUGGAUUUGCAGUAUCAGGGAAAUGGGCCCAAAGGGCCAUUGUGGGAGGAUAUUUCGCUGGGCAUGAAAAAGCUAGGCCACUACCGGAGCUCGAAGAGAUGUAAAGAGAAGUGGGAGAACAUUAACAAAUACUUCAAGAGGGUAAAAGACAGCAACAAGAAGAGGCCUGAAGAUUCAAAAACGUGUCCUUACUUCCACCAGCUUGAAGCUCUCUACAAGAAGAAGACGAGUAAGAAGGGUGAUAGUUUGGCAAAUUCCGGGGCCGCUUAUGACCACUUGAAGCCUGAAGAACUGCUAAUGCAGAUGAUGGGUCGUCCGGGACAGGAGCACGGGCGGGAGCCGGCGGCGGAGGAGGAUGACGGGGAAAGCGAGAAUGCGGAUGGGGAUCACGAGGAAACCGGAGACGAUGAAGAUGAGGAGGAUGAAGAAGAGGAAGGAGAUAGAGAUGGAGAAGGGUAUCAGAUUGUGGCCAACAUUAACAAUCCGAAUUCGGGGUCUUCAAUGGCGGUUAUGGGGUGAGGGGACAAGAUGAUGAUGGAGAGCGAGCGUGCGUGCGUGCGUGCGUGAAGCUUGUUUUUGAGAAGUGGGUCAGUACAGAAAGAAAGAAAGAAAGUGGGGUUUGAUCUGAAUUGGGAUUGGAUUGGAUUGGAGCUCCAUUUCUGAGGAGUUCAGAUUGCAAACCAUCAGGCAGGCAGAAGGCAUCUAUCCUACGGGGCCUCGCGUCUUUUUCGCAGUUUAUUUUUCCAGAAUUUGGAGUUAAAUAAUGUCGGAGAUGGAGGGGAAGAAGUCAAACAAGGGUAAGGGUGUGCAUGUAUUAUUUAAUAUAUAUGUAAUCUGUUGUAUACCUCUUUUUUUUUUUUUUUCUUUUAAAUAAUAAUUUUGGGACAUUGUUCAUACCCAAUGUGUGUAAGAAAUGCGUGGUUGUGAGUGUGCAUCAAUAAAGAUGGAAGAUUGAUUACUGGCAAUCUUCUGGUUUAUUUCUGGA